CGAAUGACAAUCAUGGCCUCUCGAUUUUUGGCUCACUUCAUAGCUAGACAGCGACGCCGAGUUAAGCAACCAAGUAAAUCGUAACGUCAAUCGUACGCGUUGCUUGAAAGAUGGCGGCCGGUCCGAUCGCCGAAAGAAAUCAAGAUGCUACAAUCUAUGUUGGUGGUCUUGACGACAAAGUUACGGAGUCUCUCAUGUGGGAACUCUUCGUACAAUCUGGCCCCGUCGUUAACGUUCAUAUGCCAAAAGAUAGAGUGACUCAAAUGCACCAGGGAUAUGGGUUUGUCGAAUUUAUGGGGGAGGAGGAUGCAGAUUACGCGAUCAAAAUUAUGAACAUGAUCAAGCUGUACGGGAAACCAAUAAGAGUAAACAAAGCUAGUGCCCAUCAGAAGAAUUUGGACGUAGGAGCAAACAUUUUUAUUGGAAACUUGGAUCCAGAAGUAGAUGAAAAAUUACUCUACGAUACGUUUAGUGCAUUUGGUGUUAUUCUCCAAACACCUAAGAUAAUGCGAGAUCCAGAAACAGGAAAUUCAAAGGGGUUUGCCUUUAUAAAUUUCGCAUCAUUUGACGCAUCAGACGCUAGCAUUGAGGCAAUGAAUGGUCAGUACUUGUGCAACCGUCCAAUCUCCGUGUCCUACGCCUUUAAGCGAGACGCGAAGGGCGAGCGUCACGGAAGCGCGGCAGAGCGUCUACUCGCAGCUCAAAAUCCGCUAAGCCAAGCAGACAGGCCGCAUCAAUUGUUCGCGGACGCACCGCCUCUCAAUCCAGUGACUCAGGCUCAGAACCCCAACAUGCCGCCGCACCAGGUUCAGCACCAUCCGCAUCAUCCUCAUCACGGAAUGAUGCACCAUCAUCACGGAAUGGUCGUUCCUCCCCCGCCGCCUCCCUCGACUCCUGGGCCACCGAUGGGACACCAUCACCACCCUCCCCCGCCUCCAGUCCCUCCUCCACCAUCGGGAGGAUUUCCUCCAUCCAACAUUCCACCUCCUCCGUUACCACCGAUGUCAGGAAUGCACCAAUCGCAUCCCCCUCUUCCCCCAGGGAUGCCACCUCCUCUGCCUCCUAUGCCUGUACCAAACUCGCAGCAGCAGCAAGCUGCUCGCAUGAUGCCGCCUCCGCCACACUGGGGACCACAGGGCCAGUUUCCUCCUCCGCCUCCCCCAGGCAGUGCUGGUGGACCACAGUAUGGACAGUUUCAACCGCCGCCUAGACCUCCUCCAGGGUGGCGCCAUCCACCACCUCCGCCUGCUUCACAAGGGGGGCCUCCCCCCCCUCCGCCGCCGCAAUUCAGGCCCCCAUUCCCACCGAGAGGCCCACCACCUCCACCACCUCCGCAUGAAACGGGACAGUACUGAUUUGGGACUUAUAAAUUGAAUGUUUUAUAAUAAAUGAUUGACUUGAUUGAAUAAAAUGUAAAUCUGUAUUA